UGGACCUGAGCUCCGGAGAAGUGGACUCAGUUCUGGGGCCGCGAUUAUUCUUACCAAAACCUCCUUCGCCAAACUGAGGAUGGACUUCGACGAAGAUGAUUUCAUCUUUAUUGAAUCUGCUGAUGCUCCUGUGGAAAGUCUCAAACCACUGACACCAUCAAAGGCGGGACGGUACAGACCUCAACCAGCAUAUGCGAAGCGUACAGGAGCGGCGGAUGAUGCAGAACCAUCUAGCUCAAAACCAAAGCUCAAGAGGAGCUUCAGAACCAGUCCUGAAGUUCCUGGACCGGACGUGGCGGGCCAGUCGCGACCGGGGAAGCGCAGGAAGAAGGGCGCCGACCCGGACAGCGAGGAGGAGCGGUGGUUGGACGCCCUGGAAGAGGGCAAGCUGGAGCAGGUGGACGAUGAGCUGCGCAAGAUGCGGAACCCGCUGCUGAUGACGGCCCGGCAGCGGGCGCUGCUUGAGAAACGCUCGGGCGACGACAGUCUGGAGAGCUUCCCGGCCGAGCCACUGGUGGCGCUGCCGUCGGGCUACCGCGCCAAGUCUGAAAUGACGGCAGAGAUGGCUGAGCGGCACAAGAAGAAGACGGAGCGACGCCGAGAGCAGGCCAAGAAACACCGAGAAGAGGAGAAGAAGAAGACGGUGAGCCGGCUGUUGAACAAGGCCGACUCGCGGCCGGGCCGGGGCGGCGGCCGGUCCCGCUCGCGGGCCGCGCCGCCGGCCGUCACCUACCGGCAGACGACAGAGGGCGCCGAGCUGAGCCUACCCUGCGCGCGCACGGGCGUGUCGCUCUGCAGUCUGCGCUGCUUCAACGCCAACGCGGCACUCCGAAGACCGCCAGCCAGCCGGUCCUAG